AUGACCAGUGCGACAAAACGUCGGCCCGGUGGGACUGGUGAUUCGGGAAACAGAACUGCACAGCAAAGACAACAACAGCAAGCGCCGGAACCGAUGGAAGCGGAUGUCGAUGAGGACGCGCUGAUGUCGGAAGAUGAGGAGGGAGGAACGCGUAUCGGCGGCAUCUACAUUCCUCCGCCGGUACCCCCAUAUUGCUCGACUGAGUGCAAAGGUCCACGGCUCAUAAUUGAGUGCAUCUCGAACUACAACUUUAAAAGCUAUGCCGGGCACGUUAUGCUCGGACCGUUUCACCAACGGUUUUCGGCCAUUAUUGGUCCAAACGGAAGUGGCAAGAGUAACGUCAUCGAUUCGAUGCUGUUCGUUUUUGGCUACCGGGCUCAAAAGAUCCGCUCGAAGAAGCUCUCGGUGCUACUGCAUAAUUCCUCUAAGCAUCCAAACACGAAUAGCUGCACAGUUGGGGUACAUUUUAAGCAGAUCAUCGAUCGAGAAGAUGGAUCUUUUGAUGAGGUGCCAAACAGUGCGUUUGUUGUCGCACGAACGGCCUUCCGAGACAACAGCUCGUACUACACGAUUGAUAAUAAGCGCGUGCAUUUCAAAGAAGUAUCGAAACUACUCAAACAGCACGGCAUCGAUCUGGAUCACAACCGAUUCUUGAUUUUGCAAGGUGAAGUCGAAUCGAUUGCCAUGAUGAAGUCGAAAGCGCAGACAGAAAACGAUUGCGGAUUGCUAGAGUAUCUCGAAGAUAUCGUCGGUACGACGCGAUAUAAACAACCGCUGCUGAAGAUCAACGAACGGGUCGAUUCGCUGAAUGAGGAGCGCACAGAAAAGCACAACCGGUGCAAGUUGGCCGAGCGUGAGAUGAAGGACUUAGAAAAACCGAUGGAAGAGGCGGUUGAGUAUCUGAAAUUGGAAAACACACUAACGCGUACCCGAAAUCAGCAGAUUCAAAAAUACCUUAGCGAGCAGAAGCGCAAGAUAGGCGAACUUGAGAUCGAAAGAGACCAAGCUGCUGGGAUCCUUGCCAAGCACGACGAAUCGUACGAGUCGAUCAAGGCGGAGCGUAUCGAAAAGGAAAAUUUGGUGAAAGAGGAAAUCAAGCAGUACGAUGCGUUGCUUACGUCCAAGGAAGGAAAGGAGACGGCAUUGAAAAAUUCGCUCGACAACUACGCCAAGGUGCAGGCUAACAUGCGCGCCACCAACGAAAGGCGUAAAAAGACGAUUGAGCAAAUUGCGGCCGAAAAAAAGCGUCUGGAAGAGCUGUUGGCAGUGCCAGAGAAAAAUAAGCGAGAAAUCGAUGAAUCGCAAGUAAAGAUUGAGUCACUUACUAAACAGAAAGUCGAGGUUGAAGCGAAUCUGGCGGCUAACAUGGCAACUCUUAAGGACGAGACAAAAGUUCUGCUGGAGGAGAAAGAAAAGUUGCAGACGGAACUUGUCGAGUUGAAGCGCGUGGUGGAUGAGAACAAAUCGGCCUUGUCGAUUGCUGAGUCGGAGCUGAAGAUCUGCCAGCACGACGAGGUCAUGGAGCAACGCAAGCUCGCUUCGCUGCGCCAUUCGGUGGAGGAAACGGAACGAGAUCUCAUCGAGAAGCGCGAAAAAUUGCAAAAGCUCGAGGAAACCCUACCCGUCACUCGAACCGAGCUCGAAAUGGCGAAACAAAAACUACAAGAGAACGGAAAUGAAGAGAAGAAGUUACGAUACGACCUGCGUUCGGUGCAGGGCAAGUUGCAGGAAUCGAUGUCGGCAAUGCAGUCGAACCGCUCACAGGGUAAGGUGCUGGAUGCACUGAUGCGCCAGAAAAACGAAGGCCGCAUUCCAGGCAUUCUCGGACGUCUGGGCAAUCUAGGUGGAAUCGAUGCGCGGUACGAUGUAGCCAUCUCGACGUGUUGCGGUUAUCUGGAUCACAUUGUGGUCGAAACGGUUAACACGGCGCAGGCUUGCAUUGAUUUUCUGAAGCAACACGACAUUGGACGAGCCUCGUUUAUAGCGCUGGAAAAGAUACAGCAGUACCAACGCAAUUGCCACAGCAAGAUACAGACACCAGAGAACGUGGCCCGAUUGUUCGAUCUGAUACGUGUCGAAGAUGAACGCGUUCUACCUGCGUUUUAUUUUGCUCUGCGCGACACCCUGGUAGCCGAGAAUCUUGACCAGGGUCAAAGGAUUGCCUAUGGUCGGCAACGAUAUCGUGUGGUGACGAUCGGAGGUGACGUAAUCGAAACUUCCGGUACAAUGUCUGGUGGUGGCCGAUCGCAACAACGCGGUCGCAUGGGCACUACUGUGCAAACGAAGACAUCUGCUAGUGAACCGGCGGGAGUGUCGAGUAGAGAAAUUGAACAGCUGCAGAUCCGAGCCCAAGAAAUUCAGUCGCAGAUCAACUAUCUCCAAGAGCAGCAGAGUGAGCUGGAGAGCAACAUUCAGCAGCUUACGUCAAAACUGAAGAGCCAAGAAAUGGAAAUAAAACGAAUGCGUAUGGACGUGGCCAGUCUGAGCGAACAGUUGCCUCGGCUAAAGGAACAGCUCAAUAACCAGCAGGAACGCGUGGCUCAAACUCACUCUGAUCCGGAAAAAGUACGCUCACUGCAGGCUAAGGUGGCUGAAUUUAAAAAGGCGUACGAAAAAUCCACCAGCAAAGCGGACAACUUGCAAACCGAUGUUGAUCGAUACACGGCCAAAAUAACCGAAAUCACCAACAGUAAGGUAAAGGUGCUGCAGACGAAGAUAACUUCGCUCGGAAAGCAAAUCGACAAACUAUCGGCGAACAUCUCGAAGCUAACCGUCGACAUCAAGACGUCCGAGCGUAAUGUAAAAAAAGCAGAGGACAAAAUAAAAAACAUGGAGGACGAGGUUCAAGCAGCCCAGGACGCAAUACGAACAGGAAACGAAGAACGGACGAAGCUUGAAGAGGAAGCGAGCCAGUUGCGUGAAGAGCUGGAAGAACUGAAACAAGCCAUUGAAAAAGCGCACGCCGGCUCCUCAAGCAUCAAAAAGGAGAUCGUUGCUCUGCAGAAACGAGAAGCCGAGGGGAAAAUGAAACGCCUCGAGUUCGAGCAGAUUUUACAAACCAUCGAAACGAAGCUACAAGAAACGAAAGACACGCUACCACACUGGAGGAAUAAGCUCAAGCCCCUUAAAUUACAUGAAAUCCCGGGCGCUGCGGCUCAAGAACCAUUAAAGGAAUACACCGAAGAGGAACUGAGCGGGUAUAAGCUGCCAGAUUUACAAUAUCAAAUAUCCAUCUUAGAGGAAAAGCUUAACACGAAUAAGCCAAACUUGUCCGUUAUCGAUGAGUUCCUCAAGAAACAGGAAGCCUAUCUGCGGCGUGUCGCGGUACUGGAGGAGAUCACUGCGAAGCGUAAUGAGAUGCGGCAGCUCUACGACGACGUUCGAAAGAAGCGAUUCACAGAGUUUAUGCGCGGAUUUCAUAUCAUUACGAAGAAGCUGAAGGAAAUGUACCAAAUGAUAACGCUUGGUGGCGAUGCCGAGCUCGAACUGGUCGACUCGAUGGAUCCGUUCAACGAGGGUAUCGUUUUUAGCGUUCGACCGCCGAAAAAGUCAUGGAAAAUGAUCUCAAACCUUUCGGGUGGUGAGAAAACGCUAUCCUCGUUGGCGCUGGUUUUUGCGCUGCAUUACUACAAGCCUUCGCCACUGUAUGUGAUGGACGAGAUCGAUGCGGCGCUUGAUUUCAAAAAUGUCUCUAUCGUGGCGCAUUACAUAAAGGAACGCACAAAGAAUGCUCAAUUUAUCAUCAUAUCGCUCCGUUCCAACAUGUUUGAACUGUCCGAUUACCUAGUUGGAAUCUACAAAGUGAGUGAUUGUACCAAUUCCGUUACGAUUGGCAACGAUCCGCAAAAAACUGACUCGCACAUGGUAGGGUCACAGCAACAACAAACGCAGCAAUUUGACUUCUUGAAUCAGAGCGUCAACCUGCAAAGCGAGGAAGACGGUGGCAAAUCCAUACUCGAUCCGAAUACGGAUGAGAACAGUGAAAAGCACACAUUGCCAUUGCCGGAUUUGGAUAAGAACUCGGAGCAACCGGAAGUAGCUAACACAACACCGGUAGAACCAGUGGUAGAAAGCAACGAAUCGAGCUCAGUUGUAAUCGAUGUACAACCGAUGGAAGUUGAGGAAAGUCAAAAAGAACCUGAGGUCUUGUAG